AAAUAAAAUCAGUGUGGGUUAUCCAUAUUCUUUGAAUCCACCUACUUGUCCACUUAAUUUGGUUUUGGGGAAGAACUGUAGUUAACUUCUUUUUCAAUUGAGGGUUUAAUUUCCAGCUCUGUAACUAUCAUCUGAUCAAAUUAUGGCUACAACUAAGGUCUACGUUGUGUAUUACUCUCUUUAUGGCCAUGUGGAGACUAUGGCGCGAGAAAUACAACGCGGAGUCAAUUCUGUUCAGGGUGUCGAAGCAACUCUUUGGCAGGUUCCCGAGACACUUCCUGAGCGGAUAUUGGAGAAGAUGAAGGCUCCUAAAAAACCUGAUGAUGUGCCUGAGAUCAGGCCUGAACAGCUCUUGGACGCUGAUGGUUUCAUUUUUGGUUUCCCUUCUCGUUUCGGUGUGAUGGCAGCUCAAUUCAAAGCAUUUUUUGAUGCUUCCAGUGAGAUAUGGGCCGCUCAAGCAUUAGCUGGUAAACCAGCUGGAAUCUUUUGGAGUACUGGUUUCCAUGGAGGUGGUCAAGAGCUUAGUGCACUAACAGCCAUUACUCAGUUGGCACAUCACGGCAUGAUAUUUGUUCCUCUUGGAUAUACUUUUGGUAAAGCAAUGUUUGAGAUGGAUGAGGUAAAAGGUGGAUCAUGCUAUGGAGCUGGAACGUAUGCUGCAGAUGGAUCUCGUCAGCCGACUGGACUGGAAUACCAACAGGCCUUUCAUCAGGGAAAAUAUAUUGCUGAAAUUACAAAAAGACUCAGUGAUUAGUCACAGAACCAAAGAGCAAAAAGAGAAAUAAAACACAAUUGAGCAAUCUAUGACUGAAAUGGAAAGAGUCCAGUAAGCUAGACUGUAUGCAAGUGUACAUGAUUGUAAAAGCCUUUAAAGCUGUAGAGAAAAGGUUGAAUGUACCAUCAGUUAUCGUCUUGCUUUGCUUAUAUUCUGUUAUUGAUUC